UACGCUGGAGUUUCACUGGGCAUGCGCAGUUAGGAGUACUUGCUGGUCCAGUUGGCAAACUGACGAAGUUGUCUUCGGAAACUUGAAGGCUCAAAACAAAACCACCAUGACUUCGACAAACAUGUAUCAAGGGCUGAAUGCCGCUUCAAAACCAAGCUCGAGGGUGUUGCAGCCCCCUGGAGGUGGCUCCAGUAACCUGUUUGGGGGGUAUGAAGAAGAUGCGGGAGCAUCGAGAAGACCUAAUAAGAUGGCCUCUAAACUUUUCUCUCCACCAGAGGAGACUCAGAGUGCACCCAGCAGACGCUCCAAUCCUCCAGGUGGGAAGAGUAGUGGAAUAUUCGGCGACCCUGAACCUCCAGCUCAAGCACAGAGACCCAUGCCUCCAGGCGGACCAUCCAGCAACAUAUUUGGAGCUGCAGAAAGUGCACCUGUCCUGAGCCCGAGCAGAGGCCAUCCAAAUAAGCCAAAGGACAAUCUAGGUGUGGGACCUGAACCAGAAUCACCAGACAUUUCUUUACCUCUCCCAGCACCCGUAGUCAAGGCCAGCCAGCCUGAAGUUAAUGAAGAAGCCGCCCCCCCAGUGCCUGUGCCGGUCCAGGAAGCGCCCAUUGUUGAGGCCGCACCCCCCCCUCAGCCCAAGCCCUCUUCUCCUUCUUCUUCCUCACCUCCACCUCAGGACGCAGAGGCCGAAGAGGGGAAGAACCACGAGCCUCAUCUGGGUCCCAAACCUCGCUCACACAAUCGUGUUCUCAACCCCCCCGGAGGAAAGUCUAGUGUGGUAUUCUACUGAUGAGCUUAACACACAUCUCCUGUUUGUGUCCAUACACUCCCCUCUGCUCUCCUGAUAAUCUUCUCUCAUUCCAACACCCCUCUCCCCACGGUUACUUCAGCUGCACAUCUAAACACAGAACAGGAACUUUUGUUUCAAACUAGGUUCCUAAACAGAAACAUUGUCCUCAGCUUCUUGCACUUUCAGUCCUGUGUCUGGCUCUUUGUCCAAUCAACCUUCACAUUUUUCAUUGAAACCUGCAAUGAUACAAUCAGCAAUCAAUCAACACUCUAGCUGUUAUCUAAUCACUGAAGCUGUGAUGUGGUUCAAUCUUGAUAUUUCUCUCUACUCAGUUCCUGUAAGUGUGCUUUUCGUUUGGUUUAAGGCACAGUUAUUUCUCAUUUUGCAAAUAUUUUUGCAGGAAUGGUUUGGAUGUUGCAGUGUUCUACAUUUUUUUCAGCUUUCUGCAGUCCUAUUUCAAACGAUUCAGUUUAACCAAAAUUCUGGCGUGAAAGUUCAUAGAGGACAGACUCAAAUACCAGAGUGAUCAUUUUAAACUUUAACGUUUAGGCGUCCGGUCAGGGGGGGGUGAAUGGAUCUUGUCUUUGGUGUAAAUGUUUCAGGAAGUUCCACUAGUGCCACCUUUUUAUGCAUUGCCUGAUGCUUACUGAACGGCUAUAUACAAUAUACAAGCCAUUCUCAAAAUAAUGUAUGUUAAGAAACAACCAAUGACUGUAUAAUCAAAAGCCUUAUAUCAGCUCAGCAUUGUUUAUCGCUGUUGCCUUCUCAUGAGUAAUUCCUUCAUUUGUGUCCAUCAUUGCUGACCUGCUGUCUGAACACAAACUGGUCAGAGAUAAAGAUACCAAAAAAAUGAAACGAAACAAAGAUGAAUGCGGUCGUCUACUCCCCAAAGUCCCAAAUAUUUCUGCUUCCUUAAAACAAUUCCAUUUUGAUUUUAUGUGUUGUAACGUGCAGGUACUUUUCUGCUUCGUCCUCAUUGCUUGCUUUAGCUGAGAACACGCCUCUUUGUUUUGUUUCGCUUGGGGUAGGCCUCUGUUUAUGUUUUAAAUUAAAACGGCUGAAGACAAGUGAACUCUGGACAAGCAUGGGGCCUACCUGAGUCCAGGUGGGCUCAUUGUUAAUCAACUUUUCAUCCACUACAUGAAGCACAUUCAUGGUAUUCUGAUGCCAGCCUGCCCCCCCUGUGUUAAUGUGCCUGGCAGGUAAUGAGUGCAGCAGAAACAAGAAGUCCUGUGUAUUGCAAUAAAACUGUUAUUUUGCAUUUACA